AUGCCGAAGUCUGCGCUCCCAACUCCACAAGAUUUCGUCGUCACUGCCACUCAGAACCUCCUUCAUCUCCUCCGAUUCUGGGAAGAAGCACUGGGACAUGAAAACACAAAAAUCGCCUUGGCAACUCAUGUUUCAGAUAUGAAUAAAGAAUCAUCUGAAAUCCCUGAUGACGACGCGAUCUUCGCCGCAGUCCUCGACAAAAUCGCCAGUCACGUCGUCAAAAAACUUCUUCAAUCGAUCAACGACGUCUGGCAAACCGAUGGAAAAACGGCGACACUCUCGAAGGGACUCGUCAAAGAAUUCCUGUGUGACGCUGAAUAUCUUCGUGAUGCUUUGGUCGAUCUUCGUGCUGGAACUCAUAGUAAUCUGGAUACGACAAUUGAGAAACUGAGGGAGCAAUUGAAGACAAUGGGAUGA